GCGGGAGCCGUAGCCUCAGUCUCCUCCGGCGUCCGUAGCCGGGUAACCGGUGUCCGAGUUCCAAGGCCUAGUUCCACGAUGUCGGAUGACGGAGCCAGGCUGAGCGAAGGCUCCUCGGAGGCCAGAGCGGCGGCUGUCAGCGACAUCCAGGAGCUGAUGCGGCGCAAGGAGGAGAUCGAGGCGCAAAUCAAGGCCAACUAUGAUGUCCUGGAGGGCCAAAAAGACGUCGGGAUGGACGAGCCGCUGGUGGACUGCGAGGGUUACCCGCGCGCGGACGUGGACCUGUACCAAGUACGCACGGCCCGGCACAACAUCAUCUGCCUGCAGAAUGACCACAAAGCGCUGAUGAAGCAGGUGGAGGAGGCCCUGCACCAGCUGCACGCCCGUGACAAGGAGAAGCAGGCCCGGGACCUGGCCGAGGCCCACAGGGAGGCCCUGAGCCGAAGGCCUGGCCAGGACGAGAGCCAGGGGCCCCCACAGGCCUUUGCCAGGGUGAACAGCGUCAGCGUCGGCUCCCCAGCCAGCUUUGCGGGCCUGCAGGUGGACGAUGAGAUCGUGGAGUUCGGCUCCGUGAACGCACAGAACUUCCAGUCGCUGCAGAACGUGGGCAGCGUGGUGCAGCACAGCCAGGGGAGGCCCCUGAACGUGACUGUGAUCCGAAGAGGGGAGAGACAGCAGCUUCGGCUGGUCCCAACACGCUGGGCAGGGAAAGGCCUUUUGGGCUGUAACAUUGUUCCUCUGCAAAGAUGACUGUCCCUGGGGAGCAGCGGCCGGAGCACCACUUUCCAUGCCCUGGACCUGGGCCUGCCAUGGGCCCCCAUUCUCCUUGCUCCCUGAAGUCUAAGGCUGUGGAAGAUGCUGGAAGCCCUGAUGGUCUGGUGGCUGAAACGCUGGCACUUCCCCUGUCGUCUCAGGGCAGCAUCUAAACAGUCUGUGCUCAGCGUCUCUUACAGAUCCCAACACCACCUAAAGAGAAUUCUCUGGAUUUCGGGCAGGUGGGCGGGAGCUGGCCAGAAGGCGCUGAUGUAACUUUAUUCUUGUAGGAAUUUCUUUUUCCCCAAAUACAGCUGUGCAGUGCCAAUGCCACCAUGACAUCACCCUGGCUGGAUUUCUCCUGAGCAUCUCUAACCAAAAGACUGACGGGGCUGGAACACCCUAAAGAAAGUUGUGCAAUGUGCUGACACCAAGCUCUGGCAGCAUCUUGGUUUGUUCCUAAUUUUGCGCCCUGGAUACGAGAGCACUGAGUAUUGCAGCUCGGCCUCAGCAGCCGGGCCCUGAGGGAGCCCACAGAGGCCUGCAUGGCCCCUCACUCUGGAAUAGCCCUUCUGUAAUCGAACCUCCCAGCUACAUCCCAAGAGCAGCAUUUCUACAAACUAAGGUGUGCCUGACACUACUGAUUGGAAGUGUUUACAGCUCCAACUUCUUGAAAUUGCUGCUCACUUUCUUCCUUUCUCUGUUAAGAUGCUAAGAUCAUUCCUUGGACUCCACGUCUGAAUUUCUCCCCCUCUCCAUGGUAUCCUCCUGUUUAUUGUCCCCGUUUUGCAGACUGCUUCCUCUUGGAGAAGCCUGUGCCUCUCCGUGUGCUUGGCUCAGGCUUGGCUCCCCCAAGCACGGCAGCCUCGACAUGCCAUGUUGACCAGGGUUUCCUGUUCACACUGCGUGUGUGCAAGUUUGUAGUCUGUACGAUAAUAAAGUUGGUACCACUCAGUC